CAAGUUUGUCAAAAAAAAAGAUUAUAUCAUCUGAUUAAAUUGUCUAUAAUCUUCAAAAUCUUAGAGCAUGCCCUGGUAAUAUCUUACAAUAAAAAAGUGAAAAGGUAAAGGUAAUAGAUUUGUCAUAUUGCAUCGGUGCUCGUUAAGAAUGACAUGUAUGUUUUAUGUCUGCAUGCACAUAUAUAAGGUUCAUAUACAUAUUGUAAUAUUUAUAUCAAAUAAAAGCAUAUAUAUAUAUAUAUAUAUACAACAAUUAGAUGUUGGGUAGUGAUCAAUAAGAGUGAUGAGGGAAACUCAUAAAUAUCCCCGUGAGGAGUGUUUGGAGGCAUUCCAAAAUCACAACAACAUUCUUCUGUUUGCUUUUAUCCUCUUCCUUCACUUCUUUCGAUGCUCCUACUUCAAUAAUUUAUAUAUAUGUAUAAAUAUCUUAAAAUUUUGUUUCCUCCAGCUCCAUUACGAGCUCACGGUUCCCUUCUUCGUUUUUACUUUUGUCCUCUCCUCAUUUCUUGAAACCUUAUAUACUCAAGAAUCGCUUACACGCACAAAUGUAUAUACAAAACUGUGGAAUGAGUUGUCAAAAACAAUUAAAAAGAGACAAGGACGAUAAAUGUAGAUUAGAAGCAUACGAAUCAGUUAUCACUAAAACUAAAACCGGUUAACUAUAGAUGGAAUAUUCUGAAAAUGCAAUUGAAUAUUUGCAGUUCACAAUGGGAAGGUAUUGAGAUCCCACAUUGGAAGUUUAAAUAGAUCAACAAUAAUAUAUAAAAUAUUUGGAUCGGUCCAUAUUGAUAGUUAGUAGUUAGUUUAAUUUUUAAUUUAGAAGCACAUGAAAUUUUACAUGUUAUUAAAGUUUUUUUUGUUGCCAACUAAGAUGAUUCAUAAAAUAAUUUAUUACUGGAUCUAAAGUAGAAUUUAGUUUAAGAUGAACCUAUAAGAGUCAUCAAUUGAAAGAGGCGUGGUGAGAUCCUAUAACCAAAUGACUUAGAUUAAUUCACUUAUCACCAAUUAGUUUUAUUUUUAAAGUUCAUGAAACUUAAACGGAUUUGUGUCUCACAUAUAUAUAUAUUUAUAUGUCUAAAUUGGAGAUAAUUUUUAAUUUAACCAAACUGGUCUUUAUGGGGAUAUUAAAAAAUUCAUGUAUGCCAGAUGGUUUCCUUUUUUUUAUAAAGAAGAUGUGUUAGAUCUUGAAGGUCAUGUUAACUGACUGACUGUAUUUCUAUCUUUAGGGCAUCAAGAAUAGUUUACCUCAUUAUUUUUUUCAAAAUAAAAUAAAUUCAAAUUGAGUUUGAAUUUUGCUCCAAUGGUUCCUUUCAAAAAAAAUAUAUUUAAAUAUAUUAGUUAUACUAUUACUACUUAUGAUUAAUUCCAAAAUGCUUAUUAUUUUAUUAAACAUACAAAUUUUACUGAAAUAUAAUUUUAUUUGAACUAAAAUAAUUUUAGUUUCUAAAAGAUAUAAUGAUUUAUAUAAAGUUAUAAUUGUAUUACUAAGGUAAUAAUAAUUUAUUUAAAAAUGAAGCAUAAACAUUGAAUCUUUUAGAUAUAAAACAAAAUUAUAAAAAGUUUUUUUUUCAUCAAAUUAUUAAAAAUUUAAGGACUAAUUUAUAUAUAAAGAAAUUUAACACUAAAAUGAGUUUACUAAAAUGAGUUUGUAAAUGGUGUUCUUCAACUUUGAAGGAACACUAUUCAUAAAAAAAAAUUUCUCAAAAUGCUGCACUAUUACUGAAAGUUUUCCUUCAUUUUUUAAUGUUUUUCUUCAAAAUAAAAGACUAUAGGAGAUGGUCUUAUUAUCGCUUCCAUUUAGUUCGACAAGUUCUAUCAAUAUUUGUUUCUAGAUACAAGAUCAUUACAUCGAAUAUACCCUCACACGUGUUGAUCUUUACACAUUCACUUUCUUAUAUAUAUAAGUACUCUCACGUAAGUAUAAAUUGUAGAAAUAUAUAAUAUAGAAUAACGUGUAACUAGACAUAGAGGCAAUCAAGUAAUUCACGAGAUACCAAAGGAUUUGUCCGUAUGUAUCACAUUCUGUAGCGAUGAAGAGAUCAGACUGUAAGGCAGACAUGUGAGAGACGAGAGGAUCCUAUAAACGUUGUAGAAACUCUGAUCUCUAAUUUCUCUUUCUUAGUAUAUAUAUAUAUAUAUAUAUAGAAGAAAAACCGUAGGGUAAGAGGAGAAGAAACUAAAAAUUUGAAGGAUGGUUUCGAGGGAAUACAAGAGAGAUUCCUCUCUUCGUGAAAAGUUUCAAUUGCUUCGUUCAAUCACUAACUCUAAUGCUGAAAGUGAAACCUCGAUCAUAGUGGAUGCAUCAAAAUAUAUAAAAAAGCUUAAGCAGAAAGUUGAAAAAAUCAACAAUGAGACCACGUCUGAGAAAUAUUUCUGUGAUCCUACCGGUCACAUGGUUACAGUGGAAACCCUAGAGAAGGGAUUCAUGAUAAAAGUAAUGUCAGGGAAGAAUGAGGCAGGCUUGUUGGUUUGUGUUCUUGAAGCCUUUGAAGAUCUUGGACUUGAGGUUGUUGAAGCUAGGGUUUCAUGUAUGGACUCAUUUAGCUUGCAUGCCAUUGGUUCAUCAAAUAAUGAUGAUUGUGAAAGCAUGGAUGGCGAAUCAGUGAAACAGGCAGUUGCAGUGGCAAUCAGGACCUGGAGUGAUAGCCAUGAUCCAAAAGGGUAAAGACAGAUAAAGUAUUCAUGAUUAUCUCUCUCUAUAUUUAUACAUUUGUUUGACCUAAAAAGGGAUUUUAGUUAGACACACAAUCAAGAAGAAUCAAUUGUAUGUCUCUCUCAAUCAAAAUUUCUAAUGAAAAAUAUUCCUUCGGCA